CUGGAUAGUUACAUGCCUGGCUGCAUAAAAUAUAACAUAAUAUAAUGUUGAUAAAGAAUAGUAGAUGUGGUUUGGUAUCCCGCGCCAUGAUCAUGUAUCAGCUGGUACUAACAACAACAAUAAUAAUAAUGUUGGUGAUGGGAUCAGCCACAGCGGACCAAGGUGGAGGGUGCUGCCCCGUUAACAGUAGCAGUAACAGUACCACUGCUAGUCAUGCAAUUGGUAAUGCGUCCGCCGGGCAGCAGCAGCUGGGCGGCCAAGACAACAACGACGAUGGUGCGGCGCAGGCUUCAGCACUCUUCGUAUUUGGUGACUCCUUAGUGGACAACGGGAACAACAAUUUCCUCAACUCCAUCGCCAAAUCAAACUACUACCCUUACGGUGUGGAUUCCAAUGCUGGCCCAACCGGCCGAUUUUCCAAUGGAAAUACCUUUGUCGAUUACCUCGGAGCCUGGUUGGGCCUCCCAGCCCCUCCUGCAUUUGCAGAUCCCUCCACCACUGGACCUCGGAUUCUCGGAGGAGUUAAUUAUGCUUCCGCAGCUGCUGGAAUCCUGGACGAAACUGGCCAGCACUAUGGGCAGAGGUACUCGCUGAGCCAGCAGGUAAUCAACUUCGAGACCACGGUGGGCGAGCUGAGGGCUGUGCUGGGGGGGCAGGCCAGCCUGAGCAAGCACCUCUCGAGAUCCAUAGCGCUCCUGGUCUUCGGGAGCAACGACUACAUCAACAACUACCUGAUGCCCGCCAUGUACCCCUCCAGCUUCGACUACAGCCCCUCCCAGUUCGCCAACCUCCUCCUCACGCACUACGCCCGCCAGCUCACCGCCCUCUACAGCGUCGGCCUCCGCAAGUUCGUGGUGGCGGCAGUGGGCCCCCUGGGAUGCAUCCCCAACCAGCUGUCCACGGGGCAGGCCCCCCCCGGCAGGUGCGUCGACUUCGUCAACCAAAUACUGGGCGCCUUCAACCAGGGGCUGCAGUCGCUGGUGGACAGGAUGAACAACGGGAGCCACCCGGGAUCCAUGUUCGUGUACGGCAACACCUACAGCGCCAUGGGCAGCAUACUGAACAACCCGGAGCGGUACGGGUUCAGGGUGGUGGACCGGGGGUGCUGCGGGAUAGGCAGGAACCAGGGUCAGAUCACGUGCAUGCCAUGGACUCCGCCAUGCCCCAACCGGAACGAGUAUGUCUUUUGGGACGCCUUCCACCCCACCCAGGCUGUGGAUGCCAUCCUGGCUCACAGGGCCUACGCCGGCCCUCCUUCUGACUGCCACCCCAUCAACGUCCAGCAGUUGGCCCUCAUUACUUUCUCCUAGUCCGAGCGAGCCCUACCUAAAUUUGUUCGACUCCACUCCACUGCCAAAUGCCAAAUGCCAAUCAUAAUUAUAUCAAUAAUCAUGUCGUCCUUAACAUGCAUGCUUGCCUUGCCAUUAAUAUACAUGGAAUUUGAAAGUCGACUGUACGUAUGCAGUACUAUUACUACUACUACUAUAUAUAUAUAUAAUACAUAUAUAUGUUUGGAUGAUUAGAUUUUGAUUUGAUUUGAUUUGAUCGGUAAGAAUGAAUCUUACGGAACGACACACACACUUAAAAAAACAAGCUAAGCAUUAGCUCA